CCCGUGUCCAAAUAAGGGGUAUCAAAGAUGCCAUGCCAGUAUGGAUGGGCAGCCAUUCCCAUGAAAACCUCAACCCAUUCCUUAUCCAUGCACACUCGAACUUCCUAAACCUCAUUCCCAAAACUCUCGCACCCCAUCAACAAUCUCUCCACUCUUCACCAGAGACUAUGAUUAAACUCAAUCCAUCACACACUCCCUCUCUCUCCUCUCCAUUUCCCCUCCAAUUCCCCACCCACACCUCCCUCUCUCUCACCCCCAUCUCAAAUUUCAAUUUCCCUCGUCUCCCGCUUCUUCGCCCCUGUCAAAAACCUAAAUCCAAGAUAAUUCGAAGUUCAGUGAAAGAGACUGAGUUAUUGGAAGAUGAGGAUGUUGAAUUACUUGUGGAGACCUGCAUUACGCGUACUCUGCCUCCGGCGUUGACGCUCGAACACGGUCUGCAAAUGAUUAAAGACGCCGUUGAUGAAUUGAAAUCGAAUCCUCCUCGUUUCAAUAGUGGGAUGUAUAGAUUUCAGGUUGCUGUGCCCCCUAGUGCAAAAGCUUUGAAUUGGUUUUGCUGCCAACCUGAGUCAUUAGGAGUGUUUCCUCAGUUUUUUCUUUCCAAAGAGAAAGAUGACCCAACAUUUAGAUCCCUUUCUUUGAGUGGAGUGCGCGGUGUUUUUGGAAUUGGCACUGCUGUCCUCUUCAAAGGGUCUUCUUCUUGUGCCUCAGCAGAGUGGAGUUCAAUAAAAAGAUAUCUCUCACUAGAUUCAACACUUGUAAGGGCUUAUGGUUUUAUAGAUUUUGAUUUUGAGAUAGAGUCAUCUUCCAUGAAGCACACAAAAGGUUCAUUCUACCUUUUUAUACCUGAGAUUGAGUUAGAUGAACUUGAAGGUAUAUCUAAUUUAGCUGCAACAUUGGUAUGGGAUGACUCUUCCCUUUGUACAUUUGAGGAGGCUGUUCAAUCUUACGAGUUAGCUCUCUACCAGGCCAGUCAUCAUUUUUGCCCCACCAUAGAGAAAUGUCAUAACAAUUGCAUCAAUUCUGCUCUUAGAAAGUUCAAUGUGAUGGAGGAUAAAAACACCCACAUGGUAUGUAUGAAUGCUCUCUCUAUGGGUGGAAAGGAUCUUGGAAAUGACACUAUGGAACUGAAAGAGAUUUCAUCUUCGUGUCAGUUCUCUGUCAGGCUUUCACAUACUCUGGCAAUUGCCAAUAACAUGUGUCAGCUGGAUCAUGUCAACGAAAUGUGCCUCUCUUUUCGAAAUUAUCCCAACAUCAAUACUCUGUGGGCGUCUCUUAUAAUUGAAGAAUGCUCUCGGCUUGGUUUGACGUAUUUCUGUAUAGCUCCAGGAUCACGAUCGUCUCCACUUGCUAUUGCUGCUUCUACUCAUCCCCAUAUGACUUGUAUUUCGUGCUUUGAUGAGCGCUCACUAGCAUUCCAUGCAGUUGGUUAUGCUAGAGGUUCUCAUAAACCAGCAGUAGUCAUAACAUCGUCAGGCACUGCAGUUUCAAAUCUUCUUCCUGCUGUUGUGGAGGCGAGUCAAGACUUUGUACCACUGCUGUUACUCACUGCAGAUCGUCCUCCAGAGCUGCAUGAUGCUGGAGCAAACCAAGCAAUCAAUCAGGUAAACCAUUUUGGUCCGUUUGCGAGGUUCUUCUAUGGCCUUCCUGCACCCACUGAUAGCAUUCUUGCACGGAUGGUUCUUACCACACUUGAUUCUGCUGUUUAUUGGGCAACCAGUUCACCAUAUGGUCCUGUUCACAUCAACUGUCCUUUUAGGGAACCAUUGGAUAACAGUCCACGACAGUGGAUGUUGAGCUGUUUAAAAGGGUUAGAUUUUUGGAUGUCAAGUGCCCAACCAUUUACGAAGUAUUUCCAAGUGCAGUAUUCUUAUGCAUGCAAUGGUACUCACAGUCAAGUGGCAGAUGUUCUAGAAGUGAUUCAAGGGGCAAAGCAAGGGCUUCUACUGAUUGGUGCAAUUCAUAGAGAGGAUGACAUAUGGGCAGCUCUUCUCCUGGCUAAGCAUCUUUCAUGGCCAGUUGUAGCUGACAUUUUAUCAGGUUUACGAUUGAGAAAGUAUUUGACUUACUUGGACAUUGAGAAAAACUUUUUAUUCAUUGAUCAUCUGGAUCAUUCUCUACUCUCAAAUUCGGUCAGGGGUUGGGCACAUGCUGAUGUGAUUGUUCAGAUUGGAAGCAGGAUAACAAGUAAGCGAAUUUCUCAGAUGCUAGAGGAUUGCUUUCCAUGCUCAUAUAUAAUAGUGGAGAACCAUCCAAGUCGUCAUGAUCCUUCACACAUUGUAACACACAGGAUUCAGAGUACCAUUGUUCAAUUUGCUGAUUGUAUGCUUAAAGCUCACAUACCUCAGAUCAGCAGCAAAUGGUGUGGUUUUUUACAAGCUGUGGAUAAAAUGGUUGCAUGGGAGAUAUCAUUUCUAAUCCAUUCGGAAUAUUCCUUGACUGAACCCUAUGUUGCACAUGUCAUUCCGGAAGCACUUCAUGGUGAUUCUGCUGUAUUUCUUGGGAACAGCAUGCCAAUACGUGAUGUGGACAUGUAUGGAUGUAGCUGGGCAGGGUGUACUAAUAAUAUUGCUGUGACGGUGAGCGCAGGACUACCGUGUCACUGGAUACAGGUGGCUGGGAACAGGGGAGCUAGUGGUAUUGAUGGGUUGCUCAGCACAGCUGUUGGUUUUGCUGUGGGAUCCAACAAACGAGUAAUUUGUUUGAUUGGAGAUGUUUCUUUUCUGCAUGAUACAAAUGGAUUGGCACUUUUGAAGCAAAGGUUACGCCGGAAACCUAUGACAAUUCUCGUAAUAAACAAUCAUGGUGGGGCAAUCUUCAGUCUCCUUCCUAUUGCAGAUAGAACUGAACGAAGAGUAUUGGAUCAGUAUUUCUAUACUUCUCACAAUGUUUCAAUUCAGAACCUGUGUGCGGCACAUGGAGUGAAGCAUGUACAAGUGCAGACAAAAAUGGAAUUGCAAAAUGCCUUGUUGACAUCUCAACAGGGGGAGAUUGAUUGGAUCAUAGAGAUUGAGAGCUCUAUCGAUGCCAAUGCUACUUUCCACAGUAAGUUGAGACAAUUUGCAUGUCAGACAGCAGACAAUGCCUUAAGCCUUGUUUCAAGGCUUUCGAUUUCAGAUUAUAAGUUAGAUGGCUUCUUUCUUGUUGAAAUUUGUAAAAUGGAAUACUCUCUCUAUAGAAUUCAGCUAUGUGCCCCACCUACUUCAACUUCUGUAUACUAUGACCCUAGGAGCUACUACAGAGAAGGUUUUAUUGUAGUUUUGUCACUUGAAGAUGGAAGUGUGGGGUUUGGUGAGGUUGCACCUCUGGAGAUCCAUGAAGAAAACCUGAUUGAUGUUGAAGAGCAACUUCGGUUUCUUAUUCAUGCUGUACAAGCAGCAAAGAUUAGUUACUUACUUCCUCUUUUAAAGGGCUCAUUUUCUUCUUGGAUAUGGAACAGUUUAGGAAUCUUGCCAGGCUCAAUCUUUCCAAGUGUCAGAUGUGGUUUGGAAAUGGCAAUCCUUAAUGCUAUAGCAGCAAGAGAAGGUUCCAGUUUAUUGAAUAUACUCCAUCGUGAGACAGCUACACAAGAAGAGUUAUCUGAAAGGUCAUCUACUGUUCAGAUUUGUGCUCUUCUUGACUCCAACGGGACUCCUAAGGAUGUUGCUGAUAUUGCUGCUGCACUUGUUGGAGAAGGUUUCACUGCAAUAAAGCUAAAAGUAGCACGUCGGCCAGAUCCCAUUGAAGAUGCCAUGGUUAUACAAGAAGUUAGAAAGAAGGUUGGCCACCAGAUUAACCUCCGUGCUGAUGCAAAUCGGAAAUGGACCUAUGAAGAAGCAGUUCUAUUUGGUUCUUCUGUGAUGAAUUGUGGCCUACAGUAUAUUGAGGAACCUGUUCAGGAUGAAGAAGAUAUAAUUAAAUUCUGUGAAGAAACUGGGUUACCUGUAGCACUCGAUGAAACCAUUGAAAAUAUCCAAGAAAAUCCUCUUGAAAUGCUGGCAAAGUUUACUCACUCAGGAGUAGUUGCUGUUGUUAUCAAACCAAGUGUUGUUGGGGGUUUUGAAAAUGCAGCAUUGAUUGCAAGAUGGGCUCAGCAGCAGGGGAAGAUGAGUGUUGUUAGUGCUACAUUUGAGAGUAGCCUAGGUUUGUCAGCUUAUGUCCAGUUCUCAUAUUAUCUUGAGCUGCAAAAGGCAGAUAUAUGUAUGGCGAUGAAUAAGGAACCUUCCCCUUCUAUAGCACAUGGUCUUGGAACUUACCGCUGGCUUAAAGAAGACAUAACUGCUGAAUCUCUGAAUUUCGAUAUUUGUCGUAAUCCAUGCAGUGGCUUCAUAGAAGCAUCUGUUGAUGAUGCUGGCUGUCUCUUAGGGAAAUUUCAAGUCAACAAGAAGGCCAUCCUUCGAAAUUUUACUGGGGAAGAAGUUCAUAGUUACCAGUUAACAGUCAAUUCAUAUGGUUUCUCCUUUUUCAUCAAUGUACGAGAGAUUGGACCAAGCAAUGAAAAUAAUGUACUUGUGUUUCUCCAUGGGUUCCUUGGAACUGGUGAAGACUGGAUACCCAUCAUGAAGGCCAUCUCAGGAUCUGCAAGAUGCAUUGCAGUUGACCUUCCUGGCCAUGGUGGAUCAAAGAUGCAAAAUUAUGGCGUUAGGGAAGCAUCACAAGAACGAAGUUUAUCAAUUGAGGUAGUAGCAGAUAUAUUACAGAAGUUGAUUCAAAAUAGUACUCCUGGAAAAGUUACCCUUGUUGGAUACUCCAUGGGAGCAAGAAUUGCAUUGUACAUGGCCUUGAGAUGCACUUCUAAGGUUGAAGGAGCUGUCAUAGUAUCUGGAAACCCUGGAUUAAAAGAUGUGUCGGGGAGAAAGAUCCGUAGAGCUAAAGAUGACUCAAGGGCGUGCUCCCUUAUUACUCAUGGCUUAGAACUCUUUCUAGAUGACUGGUAUGCUGGAGAGCUGUGGAAUAGCUUAAGAGAUCAUCCCCAUUUCAAGCAGAUAGUUGCUAGCCGUUUGCAGCAGGUUGACAUACACACCCUUGCAAAAGUUCUGUCUGAUUCAAGUAUCGGGAGGCAACUGCCAUUGUGGGAAGACUUAAGGCACUGCAAAGUACCUCUUCUGCUUGUGGUCGGGGAGAAAGAUGAUAAGUUCAAAAGGAUUGCUAAGGAAAUGUUCCGUGAAGUCGAUCAUGGUGCAAGGAGCAUAGAUGACAGAGAGGAGAUUUGUGAAAUAGUUGAGGUUCCAAGUUGUGGUCAUGCUGUUCAUCUAGAGAAUCCCCUCCCUCUAAUUAAUGCAAUUAGACGGUUUUUGAAGAAGUCAAAAAGAGUUUGAUUCCAGAACCAGCAUGGUUCUUUAUAGAUGUUCUCGUUUCAUUCUAGAAGAGACAGACAUGAUAUUGAACCGAAUCAAUUCACAUUAAUUGGCGACCUGACCUUUGUCAAGUUCAUCCACAAUGUUUUCUUUCAAAGUUGCAUCAUUAUCCUGUAAGUUGCUGAAGCUUUGUCAUUAAGACCGAAGCCAAGUGACCUCAUUGAACAGAGAAGGUUUUGCUGUACAAGGUUCAACUCCAACAACACAGGCAUUAAGUCUUGUUUCCGUGUAAUGCUAUUGGCUGUGUAAAUAUAAUUAUCUCAUAGAUCAAUCUUGUAGGGUUCAAGAUUGAAAUAUUUGUGUGAAUCGACUGUAAGAAACCUUCUCAUAUUGGAUGUUUAUGUAAUGGAUGUCUUAUUGCUCACAAUUUUCAAGGUUGUAAUGUACAAUCCAAUUACAACCAUGUAUUUGCAAUGCGGUUUGCUUGUGAUGAUGCGAGAAAAUAGGUUCUUCCAUCUUUUAUUUUUCAA